AUGUAUAAAUUAAAUACACAAUAUUCAACAGAAUUUAUAAACUUAAAAAAUCAUUUAAAUCUAUGUUAUUUAUUUUGUACACAAAGUAAUAUUGAAGGAAAUAUUGUUUGUCAAUUUGAGAUACAUAGAGAAUGUAUUUAUCUUAUAAAAUUGAAAGAUGUACGAAAACAAAUUAUACAAAAUGCAAAACAAAAUUAUUAUGCUUAUGCAAUUUCUACUUCUGGUUCAACUGGAGUACCAAAGGUGAUCAAAGUACUCCAUUCAUGUAUAGUUCCUAAUAUUUUAGAUUUGAACAAAAUAUUGGCAAUAACAAAAUAUGAUAAAAUUUCUCAAUUUACAAAUUUUACAUUUGAUCCUAGUAUUAUCGAAAUUUUUCUUGCCCUUUCAAAUGCUGGAACAUUGUUUAUGGUUUCAAAAUCAUUAAAGAAUAAUCCAGAUAGACUGUUGAAAAUAGCUUAUUCUAGUCAGAUUACUAUACUACAAAUAACCCCAUCAGUUUUUAUAUAUAAUUGGUCACCUGAAUCUUUAAAAAGCAGUAUUUUAAGUAAUAACACUUCGUUAAGAGCUAUUCUUUUUGGUGGAGAACCUUUUCCAAAACUUGAAGUAAUUUCUGAAACUAUGCACCCUUAUAAUAAAUAUACUAAAAUUUAUAAUAUCUAUGGUAUUACUGAAGUAUCCUGUUGGGCUAGCAUUAAUGAAAUUUUAAUAACAGGUGGACAAUUUAAUGUACAUUACUUGGGACAGGUAUUAUCACAUACUCUGCUUCAAGUUAGAAACAAAAGAGGAGAAGUAAUAACAAGUGGUACAGGUUUUCUUUAUAUAGGAAGUAAUCAAAGAGUGUGUCUAGUGAAUGAUGAAAAUAUUGAAGAUUUAGAAUUACCAGUAUUUCGUGAUUCUGGUGAUAUUGUUGAUAUUGAUGAAGAUGGUAAAAUAUUUUACAAAGGAAGAAAGAAUAGUUUUAUAAAAAGAUUUGGAAAUAAAGUAGAUUUGACAAAACUUAAAGAAUUUGUAUUGCAAAUAGAUUUUGUAAAAAAUUGUUACGUUUUAUGGGAUGAUAGUUAUCAUCAUUUACAUUUGUAUUUUUCUAUUAAAAAAAACGUGGUUAAUUAUCAUAAUAUAAAUAUUAAAAUAAUGAAAUAUUUAUGUAAAUUAAAUCCUUUAUAUAGACCAGAUAAAAUUCAUUUCAUGAAUCAUAUAGAAUUUACAUCUAGUGGAAAAAUUUCUUUGGAACGUUCAAAAGAACAUCAUAUACAAGACAAAAUAACACAUAAAAUAAUAAAUAAUAUCGACUUACAACAAAUUGAAGUUGCGUUUAAAUCUAUUUGGGAAAAUAAUCUACAACGUAAAAAUAUUGGAUUUGUAAAAUUAGGAGGUACAUCUAUAGUAGCACUUCAAAUAUCAAAUGCCAUGUCUGAAAUAUCAAACAUAGAAUUUCCUAAAUUAAUUGGUAUGCUUUUAAUGGAUUCUACUAUUGAUGAAUGUCUUAAUUAUAUAAAAAGUAUUAUAUUGAAUAGUCAAAAUGAAAUAAUUAAUCUUAAGUCUCAUAAUAAUAUUAGAGAAUUACCUUUAAUCACUGUUAUUACAAUAGAAGAUGAAAAAUCUUUUAGAGAUUCUAAUGAAAAAAACAAAAAAUAUGAUUUAACAAUUCAAGUAAAUGACAUUCAUUUAUGUCAGUGGUACAAAUGUAGAGGACAAGUAUGUAAUUAUGUAUCAGAUAUAAAUGAAGAAUUUAAAUUACAAUAUGAUACAAUUUCAAAAGUAAAAAUACAAAAAACAUAUGAUAUGAGAAAAUGUGUAGAUGCAUCACCAACUAUAUUUCAUUAUUCAGAUGGAAAAACAUAUGCAACAGUUGGUUCUCAUUCUGGUUUUAUUUUUACGUUUGAAUUAGAAAAAGAAUGCCAUAAUCCUAUAUUUAAAAUCAAGCUACCUGAUAGAAUUGAAUCUUCAGUUCUAAUUUUGGAUAAUUUUAGAGGUAUAGUAGGAUGUUAUGAUGGUAAUAUAUAUUGUUUUCAUUUAAAAACGGGAAAAUUUAUUUGGAAUUAUAAAACAGGAAAUGUUGUAAAAAAUUCUGUAAUAUUUUGUAAAGAAAAAGGAAUAAUAUUUGUUGGCUCUUAUGAUUGUUACAUAUACUGUUUAUCUGUUAAAGAUGGAUCUGAAAUUUGGAAAUUUAAAUUCGGAAAUGGAAGCAUUAAUGCUUCUGGUUGUUUACACUUUCAAUCAGAUACUGUAUUAUUUGGUACUUUAGAUGGAUUUUGUUUAGCUCUUCAACAAUUAUCAGGAAAGCUUGUAUGGAAAUAUAAAUUAUCAGAUCCAAUUUUUGUUGCUCCUGUGUCAUUGAAUAAUGGACUCGUUUUAUUUUGUUCUGUAACAGGAUUAUUAUGUUGUUUUGAUAUUGAAGUUAAUGUUAAGAUGUGGACAUACAAAAUUAAUGGCAAUAUAUUUUCAUACAUUGUAAAACAAAAUGAUGCAAAAUAUGAAAAUAUUAUUUUAGCUAGUCAAAAUAAGAAUUUAUACUGUUUAGAAUCGAAAGAUACAAACUUUAAAACUAAACCGACAUUGAAAUAUGUAUUAAAUUUUCAUUCGCCAAUUUUAGCCACACCUUGGUGUGAAAAUAAUUUUUUAUUUAUUGCAUGUAAAGAUGGUACUUUAAAUAUUUACAACUCUAUAAAGAAUAGAGUGAUAAAAAUUGAAAAACUUCCUGCAGAAGUUUUCUCAUCACCUGUUGUUAAUAAUAAUAUUAUAAUUAUUGGAUGCAGGGAUAAUAAUGUUUAUGCUUUAGAACUUGUUUAAAUUUUUUCG